GUAUAGUUAGCGAAAUAUUUUUGAAGAGUUAAUUUUUAUAUUUCUUCUACACUCUGGGCUAAAUGAACGCGCUUAUCCGUUCUUGCAGGUCCAAUUCAAGGCCGCUCUUGGCUCUAUCGUUGUUGUUUAUCUCGGUAUAUUACGUGUGUAUGGAUACUAUAAGUUCUACAUCGACACUCCCCCCAUCAUGGAAACAGUCUAUUGAGCUCGUUAGGUCCAAAGACAUAGUUGUCGCAAGUCUGAAGGAGGAUGAUACUACGUGGGUCGGGGAACAUCUCUCAGAUUGGCAUGCCAACAUCUAUGUCGUGGAUAAUCCACGAGCAGAAUUGACCGUGCCGGUGAAUAAAGCUAGGGAGUCAAUGGUGUAUCUGACCUAUAUUAUUGAUCACUAUGAUAAACUCCCAGAUAUCAUGAUCUUUAUGCAUAGUAAUCGAUAUCAGUGGCAUAACGAUGAUCCGGUUUACGAUGCUGUUCCAAUCAUCCAUUCUCUCCGCCUCCAGCAUGUAUACAAAGUUGGCUAUGCGCCCCUCCGCUGCACGUGGAUUCCAGGCUGUCCUGCAGAAUUACACCCCUUAAAUCCUACAGACGUGGGCCCGGAAAAUCGCCAACGUUCAGAGGCCGCGUAUGCGGCUGCGUUUCAAAAAAUGCUUCCAAAUUCCCCUGUUCCGUCAGUUGUCGGGGCGCCGUGCUCGUCGCAGUUCGCUGUGACUAGGGACCAGGUGAGGAAAAGGUCCAAGGAGAGCUACAAGUUGAUGCGACGCUGGGUCAUGGAGACGGAUCUUCCUGAUGCGGUUUGUGGGCGUGUUAUGGAGUAUAUGUGGCAUAUCAUCAUGCAAAUGCCACCAGUCUACUGUCCCCCAGCAGCAGAGUGCUACUGUAUGACAUUUGGGCUGUGCAACUUGACCUGCAACACUGUUGUCAGGUGCGAGAACAGAUAUAUUCUCCCCAACAUUUCGCGCGUCCCCGAUGGCUGGCCGGAAAAGGGUGGUGGUAAGAACGGCUGGCCCGUUCCUGGAUGGCAUCAAUGAUGAUGAAACGACUACUUUGCCAGCUUCUACGAUAUUCACGGAUUUCAACUUGGUUGAUAUUGCAACCCCCGCUAUCCCUAUCUCCUCGCACUUAAAGGGUUGAAUAGAAGAGAAAUUAUCCCUAUUUACGGUUGGAAUUGGGCUUUCUAGGUACAAAAGAUGGUUUACCUUCCUUGAAGGUCGCGAGGUGCUCGUGCGCCUUAAUUUCAGUCGUCUAUUCUCGCUUUGUCUAGCUCCGCUAUUUACACCUUAGUGCUAUGACCACGACAUUUACAAAAAGAGGAAGGUAGCGAAGAGGGGAAAAAAAAUACUCUGUACAUCAACUCCGCUUAUCAAUAUACAAAAGCGGGAGAUGCGUAACGCGCGAUCAGUUUGAAACCUCGUAUUCCACCCAACAUGCACACGUGGCGAAAAUUCCUCCAUUCAGCCCCUUAAUUCGUUGAUGUUAUACACCUACCGAAACUAGCUACAUCCCGAUCCCGAUCCCAUCCCUCAUGCUUUCGAGAGAAAAGCAGCAUAACUCUGCACCAUGCCAGCAAACCCAACAACGGCUGCUGUGUCUCUAAUACCAUUCUUGUUGUACCAUGCGGAUGUACCGAAGCAGAGGAUGGACGUUAGAGCGGCGAUGCCUUUUUCAAUUGGAUCGGAUAGGGCACCCUGCGCCGAUUGGGACCAGCGGUAGUUGGUUAAUGCUAUCGAUGGCGGGUUAGUUUAGGGAGGAAGAAUGGGGAUAUGUCCCUUUCGUUUUUAUCGGCUCUUUCUGGGCGAAUUUCUCUUUUCAUUUCUUUUCCUUUUUUAUCGCCGUUUUUGUCGGCGAUGAAAGCCUACUGGCAGACAGGCGCCGUGUAUGGAUGACUAUGAUACCCCCUUUUGAACCUGUAUGAGAUAAAACUUACCAACAAUGAGAAAGAAGAUGCUUCCCUGUGAAUGCCGAUACUCGGGUAUUAGUUAAAUUCGAGUUUGCAUUCUUAUGAUAUUAUGUAGGAAACAAAACCAAAUGGAUUAUCUUAAACAAGACAUCAAAAUGAAGGAUAUGGGGAUCCCAGCUUGUCUUCCUUAUAAUAAAUCUUUCCACAUACUCGCCUGAUUCAGACGACCCAAAAGCCCCAAACGGAAAUAAUUCCGAUAACUUGAAACGAAAUAAAUCAGAAAAGAAAAGCUACUACAUACCUGAUACCACCCAGCUCUCGAAAAGGCGCCCACAUGCCGUGGCAGGCCCUUGAACUGCGGAUCACUCAUGAACGAUUUGCUCGCAAGCUAUAUAAUUAAGGAAGGGGUUAAAUAAUUAGCUAUCAAGACACCCUUAUUCAAUAGGUAUCAAUUACUAUAUUUAUAUAACCACAUACCGUAUGGCCAACUGCGAGCAGUGCGAACAUAGCAGCGGUGGUUUUGUAUGCUGUUGACAUCGUGAUUCGUUUUUUCUUUACGUUUUGUCUAUAUGUGGGUAUGGGUCGUUGUGCAAAGUGAAAUAUAGCAAUCAGAGUAAUUUUUUGGAUUAAUUAUUCAAUGGAGUUGGUAUUGCUUUGGUGAAAGAAAAGCUCAUUGGUUUAUGUAGUGUUGCUACCUCGCUCGUUUCCUUAAAGAUAGUUAAGUUACCUCGGUUGUAGAAGAUUAGCGUCGCGUAGCGUAGCGUGGUUAGGAGGAUUCCAAUAAAUAAAACUCAACCUGGGUUAAAAAAAUAGUUACAUAUUGAUAGACAGA